AUAUAUUCUCUGCUCUGUUUGUUCCACAAACAUUGCAACCUGCUGCUAAAGUGAGGCAGUCAGAAGAUGUUCUUUCCCAAGCUAUUUGACAUGCAAAACACAGAUACACAGAAUAAAAAUGAUCUCCCUUUUAAUUAGCACAUUAAUAUCGGUGCUUUAAAGAAAUUUGGUCUAAGCAUGCCCAGAACCUGGUUUUGAUAAAUGCUGAGAGCACAGCUGCACAAGUCAUCUGUGUAUUCAAUUGCCAGUCGGAGAUUAGAUGCGGGAGUGUAUAUGGCCUUCUUUUCCAAGUUUUAAUUGAUUGGUAUUUUAAAACUGGAAUUAAAGCGAUUCUCCUCCCAGUACAUCUGUUGCUUACCGGAAUCGGGAGGUGUGUGUCCCAGCAUUGUUGAAGGAGCCGCCAGGCCCACCGCUAUCUCCGUACAAGGAGCUGGAACUGAGGGAAGAGUCUUCCAAAAGGCAAGUGCAACCCCUGGGAUACAGCCGGGACUUCACUAGCGUGGUGUGGCGCUGGCUGUUAGGCAGAAAUUUAAAAUAUAGUUGGAAACUUCCCUCCAUCAAGUUCUUUCGCAGGAAGAGCCUGAAAAUGACUGCCCAUAUGGGGGAGAGAAAAUCUAAGGCACGUUUUAAGAAGCAGGGUAUGCCCCUUGCACCAGGUUCGGACAGGUUCUGACUAGUGCCAUGAGAAUACGGGCACUUGGUGAACCAGAAAACGCAGCUUGAAAACUGGAAAAUUCUUCCAGGUGUGACCCAAAAUGGAAUCUUCUUUAAUUUUUCACAGCAAAAUAAAAACCCAACUAUUUCUUUUUAGACUAAAUGGAACGCCUUGUUUUCAAGUACAGUCAUACCUAAAUGUAACAUUUCAUCUUUUCCAAAAUGAUUUCGGGCAAAGAAAAAUAAUUCUUAGUCUGAAAAAUGUCACCCACCUCUAGCUCUGACUCUGGGUUGCAAGUACGGUGAAGUUAUUAUUUUAACAGAGGGGCUGAAUUUUUCACAAUUAAAAAAGGACCGGAUCGGACCAAAUGGCAGGUAUUUUCUUGAACAUACUUCCUUGAUGAGAUCAUUAAGGCCUCCUCCUAGCACGCGCCUUCAAACUACCCUGUAGGUCGGACAGCGUGGGCAUGUCCGAAAGUGUCUGCUCGCACUGUGGUUUUAUCGUUUCCUCCCAUAGAUGUGGUUGUGGUUAUGGGAAGGGGUUUCUGUUUUUGUAAGAAAGCAUACAAAUACAUUUCCCACUCUGUCUCCUCUUCUCCUUGGGUACGUUUCUUCUCCUGUGAAAAAAUGCUUCUCCUGCUACAUGGCUUUCUGGAGGCUCAUGUUAAAAUAUUAGUAACUCAUCCCUGACAGUGAAUCGUUGUCUCAGAAGCAAAUCAGACCCCGGUCUUCCUAGCAGAGGAACUUCUUUGCCAUGGGUCUGCCAUGAAAAUGCAGAAGGAAAUUCAGUACUAAAAUCCAUCCUUCCCCCUCGCAGAGGUUCUCCAGCAGCAGGUGAUGGCCCUGGGUCUGCUGCUACAUGGGCCCCACAGGGGGGUGAUGGGAGGUAAUAUCUCAGACAGCCAACACUAAUUCAGCCGUGUCACAGCACAGGAUUCUUUCCACUUUCCUGCCUACUCGGCACCCAGGGCAGCUUGAGCUGGGGAUUUGUCCUUACCUAUAUACCCACAGAAUACAUUCCCACAUCAUGCUGGGUUAUCAUUAUGUUUUCACACCGCCCUAGGUUUUAGUACCAGCUCUUGUGAGUUGCAUUAAAUUUUUAUCUUUAAAGCCUUAGCUUCUGGAGUCCUGUGAUGACCUGAGAAUCUCAGCUUUCAUUAAAACAUUAAGCUUCUAGGCUGCUUCUAGCUUCUGGUCUGCAGCUUGCAAAAGUGAUCUGAGCAUGCCCUAAAGGCUAAGAACCCAACAUUGAUUAUUUUUUUUUCUAUAUCUCCAUGAUUUAAGUGAUUUUCAUUAUGGGUCUGGCUCAUUGUUUUUCAGCACUGCAUAGUGUUGUUAAAUUAAAGCUAAUUUUCCUUGUAUCUGUCUUGUUAUUUGCAUUGUACCCUGGUCAAGUUCCAGCUUUCUUCUGUAAAAGUGUAAACAUUUUGAAAGCUUUCCCUCCUCUCCCCCCAACUUCUUUCUUAACUCAAAAGCCAAUUUAAAGAAUUUAGGUCAAGUUUCCAAGAAAAAAACACCUUUAUUAAUAGAGGAAGCAUAGGACAUGUUAUCACAGAGUGACAACUUCUUGAACCAUGGAUUCAUCACUGGAGAGCAGCUGCCUCUUGUGUGAGAUGCAACAGCUGUUUAAGAGCUGAUGAUGGAGACUACUGCGCUUGCAGAAGGAAUUUACACAAGGAAAAAGCGGGUGGUACGGAAAUCGCCCUUCGUGAAGGCAGCCCAGGACCAGACACGUCUGGUAAUGUCUCUGUCUCGCGUACUGCACAUAAGAAGUGUUACACACAGCUUGUGCCAACCUGAUUGGGCUGCAGGGAAUUUGAAAUACAAACCACACAUUCACCCACCUCGCAGGCUCUGAUGCCAAGGGCCCAGACCCAGAGCUAACAGGGGGGAUUUGCAAGUAGAUCUCAAGGAACUUACUGUGAUUAUUGUUUGGAGGAGUCAACCAGCACUCGGGCAAAGAUGAACUGGAAACAAAUCCUUUUUCUCUCCUGCGUGGCAACUUUUGUGCUCUUGACUGUACUUGAGGAGAGCGACACCGCUGCUGUGGGUUCCAGGAAAGCAGAUGGGGAAGAAAAUAAGGAAAGUCUGAAAAAGAUUUUCAUACAAGAAUCAGAUGCCUCUAACUUCUUCAAAAAGCGCAGCAGGAGAUCUACCAGCUCCAUAGACGAGCUCAAUGCGGAGACACGGCAAAUGCUGGCUGCCGACGAGCAGAGGAGGGAGUAUUUUGAGGAGCAAAGGAAUGAGCAUGAGAACUUUGUUGAAGAAGAACGUCACGAGCAGAACGAGAGAACCCGGGAACAGAUUGAGCAGUGGCGCCAAUAUCACUAUGACGGUCUCUACCCAUCUUACCUAUAUAACCGCCAUCACAUCUAAAUCUGUGAUAAAGAGGGAACUUGAAAAGAGUUAAACAUUUGCUGAUCAAGCCAUUUACAGGAUACCUGAGAGGCAACAUUUCCAAAAUCUUGAUCACGUUACGGAUCCCCCUGUGGAAUCUAUUCCAUUAAGCCCCUUUAUUUGCAUUGGCUCCAUUUUACCAGGUAGAGCUUCUCAUAGGGUGCUGCUUUGCUUUAUAUUUUGAGGUGCUUGUAUGUAUGACAAAAGCUGGACUUAGCAUAUGAAAGGGAAACAAGGCAGACAAAAUGAAGUCCUUGAGACUUGUCUGAAUCAGGGUAGUUUAGGUUGCUUGGUCUCUGUUCUAUGUAAACCAGGUAAAAGGGGUUUCUUUUUGUUUUUUUAAAUCACUAUAUUUGGAGGGAUCAGCAAGAAAAAUCCAUGUUUGCUGAAAUCCCAGUCUCUGUAAUGUUUUACCUUAAGUAAAAAAAAUGGUGCUGUAUCAACGUUCUGUAUUUUUUAUUAAAUGGUUAUAUAGCUUUUGCAAUCUCUCUGUGGGACUCCUCCUUACUUGCCUUGUCCAAAAUGGACAGAACUUCUCAUCAUCUUUAACCAGUCCCUUAAAAACAUGUAAGCAGCUUGUGAUGUAAAAGAUAUAAAGGCCUAGGGGGAUUUUGUUAAUUUAAAUGUAGGAUUAGGGAUGAUUGGAACAUUUACACAAUGUUUCUCUCUCCACAUUGUUCUUAUUCCAGCCAUUAAUAAAUGUUUACCACCUGAGCACUGAAAGCCAGGAUCCCAGUGUGCUUAUCAGCAUUGUUCUCUGAAUUAACCGGAGCCUGUGGCAGGUAUGCCUAGGGAAUCCGAGUGAUGCCUCACUCCUGGCAGACAAGGGUAGAUGUGAUCUCUUUUAUGAGACAGACUAAAUAGUUGGGAAAAUUGUUCUUUGUAAGCUUUUGGGCACAAACACCCUUCUUCAGGCACAGGGAGAGUCUGCUGCUGUUUUGUGGGGUUUUUUUGGAUGGAAUAAGUCUCUCAUGAGGCUCCCCUUCAAAUCAACUAGUGUGAUAGGAGCAAGGGAAGGAAAACCAUGAGUUAGCCUUCUUGCCACAAAACGAAGGGAAGAAGUUAUAUAAAAUUGUUUUCCCAAGGUGAGUGGGAUCCACUUCUCAGUUGCAGAAUUAAGUACAGACACCAGGAGGGAACCUCAGUAUUUGCCCCAUUAACCAACAGUAGAACAGCCAUGGGAUCCCUGCUGGAAGGCUCCUGAGAAGAGCAAGUUAGUGGCUUUUCCCCAUGCACCUAGUAGCAGGAAAAGGGGUUAACAGAGAUCAUCCCUCUCCAGAAGGCAAGUAAGUACAAGCCUGUCUUCCACCAUCUGCUCAUACGAGGGAAGUAUGUCCUGCUGGGCUUACUCAUAACAAACAGAUCAUUCAAAUGGAGACGAGAGGCCUAUUCUCCCGAUUUCAUAAGGAUUCUUCCCCUGGGAACUGGACUGAGACCAGCAGUUCAUUUUAGAUCAGAUGUUACUCAAUAACCAUAAUAAUAAUAAAAAAGAUGACAGAUCUAAGCCUUUCAGUGCUUGGUUUCCUGUGCUGAUACGGUGCAUUUGAUUUCUGCCAGAACGAGACAGAUUGGUGUGUGCACACCCAGUCCUGAAGGGUUGUUUGUCAUGAAGUCAAGCAGGCCUCCUGCAAGGCUCAUCAAUAAAAUGCUACAUAAUUCUUGUUUUAAGUGCUAAGAAGCACUGUAAGGCGCAGUUCCUCAGUCCGUGAAUACAGCUCCAGGGGGAACUGGUUGGAACUGCUGCACCCAUGUAUAGGAGAGCAGAUUAGAUGAUCAGAGAGACCAACAGGCCUUAAAUGCCUCUGCCGUUGCC